UUUACACCCACCAUUCAACCAGGCUUACGAUAACAGCGACUUCGCACUAUCUACCUAUAUACCUACACAGCAUCCCUACUCACUUGUCCAAUAGACCAGGACCUACUAACCUCACAAUUGAUCAUUCGAUCGAUUAAUCACUCCCGUUGAUCGUUCCAAAAGACGCAAACAAUCCUCCGACCAAUUAGCCGAGAGGAGAAGAAGUUGAACCACCAGGCACAAAAACCGCUAUUGAAUCCCACCAUAAUCGACCGCAUCCAUCACUACAACACCAAAACACCGCAAAAAUGAAGGUCAUCAGCAAAGAGGAAGAGCAAGCGCACUACAGCGCCGUGCUCAGGGGUGGUUUCAUCGGCGGCACACUCGGUCUCGGCGUCGGCCUUCUGGGCGUCGUGGCCGGGAUGCGGCGGUAUCCCGCGGUGCGGCAGCUCACGCUGCCCUUCCGCGCCUUCCUCGUGACAUCCGUGGGCACCUUCGGCGCCAUCGUCAACGCGGAGCGGUACUCGAACGCGUUCCACCUGGCGAACAACCCGAUGAACUUCUACAAGGACCAGGCGCAGCGCGACGCCGAGGAGCUGCGCAAGCAGGAAACGCCGUGGCAGAAGUUCAUGCAGUUCGGCCAGCAGAACCGGUACAGCAUCGUCUUCGGCGCCUGGGCGGCCUCCAUGGGUCUCGCGCUGGGCCUCGUCAGCCGCAACCGCUUCCUGAGCACGCCGCAGAAGCUCGUGCAGGCGCGUGUGUACGCCCAGGGUUUGACGCUGGCGGUGCUCGUGGCCUCGGCGGUGUUCGAGACGUCCGAUGCGCGGCAGGGCAAGGGCCGCUGGGAGACCAUCAUGGUGGUCGACCCCAACGACCCCGAGCACAAGAACAUGAUUGAGAAGCGCGUCCAUAAGGAGGAGUACGAGGGUCAGGACCUCUGGCGCGACAUGGUCGCUGCUGAGGAGCGCCGUCUCGCGCAGCGCAAGGAGGCUGACGCUGUCGCUCCCAAGGCGAACUAGAGAAAAAAAAGUUUCAAAGGCGAGGGAAUUGUUACCGUCAAGGAGUGAAUUCGAGCUUUCGUUCGAAAAAAAAGAAAGAACGCGAAUACUACAGCACGAGGAAGCGGAAUCGAUCUAUGUGUUGCA